GCGUUCUUAGGAACGGAGCAUUUGUUAUUCACGAUGAAUUCAUCUUUAAUUUUCUUUGAAAUUCUUCACUGAAUUCAACAAUUGAAAACAUCCUUUGACAGAUGAAAGUAUGUAGUUUUAUAGCAGGGACUGUCUUUAUUUAGAAUGGAGCCUUUUGGUCGUCAGCCUCGGAAGACGAAACGUCUAGCUGACCGACCAUUUUAUGAGAAGACAGGUCCAACAAGUGCAGAAAUUGUUGCCGAGGCCCGGUCUGCAGUUCGUACCUUAAACACAAGAAGGCCCUGUACACCAACAGAAUCCAAAAGGACUUUAUUUAAUACGAGUGCACCAAGACCAGUCGACGGUCGGCCACCGUCAGCCUUGAGUGGUAAAGUCCAGUAUGAAGAGUCAUCAUCUAGACCCCCGUCAGGCAGAGCAAGACUGACUCCAUUAGAAAAUACACCUGAUAUCCCUGAAGAAUCUGUUGUACCAGAACCRCCGUCUACUCCACCAGGAGGAAAGCUUAGACGACCUGUGAGAUCAAGUCUUCCAAGUAGCACAAAUGGAGAAGUUCACACACCAACAAUUGCUGCCCCACCCAGCACAGGAAGACCAAAAUCUAAGAUUAAAACUGCUGUUAUUAAUAACAAUGAAGGUAGCCUGGCCUUCUGUCCAUCACCUCCUAAAAUAGGCUCACCAUCAGGAACCCCACCCASUUCAGCUGGAAAAAUAAGACGUAACUCUGCMGGACCCACACCCACCCCUCCCUCAGGAAUAAAGAGUGAUUUGAUUGUUACAAGGCGUGUUCGCAGUGGUCCAAAGGAAAGGAUUUCACCAAGGUCACCUGACAGUGAUGCUCUUUCUAGAAGAAUACAUGAUAAUAAUAGUAAUGAUUCCAGUGUAGAGGAUGUGUCAUCAAGGAAAGAUGUUCAAGGUAGAAGUAGUAGUGGUGAUAAGCGUAAAAGAAAACCUGCAGAAACUGAGAAACAAAAAGAUGAACUCACUCUCUACCAUGAAGAACAUGUCAAGCCUUUGUUGUCACGAAUGGAGGAGAAGUUUGCYUCUAAUAGAAUUGCUGAAUUAGCAAGUGAUUGUUUGCUUCUGUGCAAAGUUCUUGAGGAGAAAGGUAUGAUUGGCAAGGCUAGUGGAAGUACAUCGGCUAGAAGACGGGGUGAAAUUCUAAAAACACUGUUCAAGUUCUUAGAUGUGAAUGAUUCAAGACUUGUGCUGAGAUUGGGUAAACUUAUCCUCUCUAUGAAAGUAACAGGGAAUAACAUUACCAAUAUUUGUAUGGUUAUUUAUAAACUGGCAAAAACAGAGAAGAAUGAUAAGAUGUUUUCACAAGAAAACAUGCUCAAACAACUUGUUGAUGGUUUAACAAGCUAUGAUAUCCUGACCUACCGAGAUGCAUUGAUAUAUAUAACAGGUGCAUUGAAACACCUUACAAACAACAAUCCUCUWGUACAGCAAGAACUCUUUACUCUAGAUACAGUAUCCUCAUUGGCCACAAUAUUACAUACUAUUUGCAAUGAUAUUCAACAGUAUGCUAGGCCAGAGAGACAAAUUUCAAAUCUCUUAAUUCAAGUUACAGGGGUUUUAAGGUACCUAGCAGAUCUCAAUGGAGCAAGGGAACUCUACUUGAAACACAAUAUUAUCAAGUGUCUUGGAGACAUUUUGAGCUAUUUCUCAAAUGAUGAAGAUUUAGUGUACAACAUCUCAAGGAUUCUCAGCAAGUUGACAUUGUACAAUGACUGCUGUACCCAGUUGCAGUUGUCUGAAAACUGCUUUAAAGCUCUAGYAAAGACUCUCAAAGACUAUGAAAAGAAACAGGAAAUCACAGUGCGAUUGUGUUUUAUCCUUGGUAACCUAACAGCAAAGAAUGAUGAAGCAAGAUUAGAUUUGUUUGAUGUAUCAUCCUGCAUGRCAACCCUCCUGUCAAUCAUGACUACUUACUUUAAUUUAGAUCAGAAUACCAGGAGUGAAUCCAGUGAUUCUUCUCCUUCACAAAGUGACAUCAGCAUAAGCAGUACAACUAGCAGUAGUGGUUAUAAUAGUGGUAGCAACAACAACAACAACAACAACAACAACAACAACAACAAUAUUAGUCCUAUUAGGAUUCAAGAAGGUUAUGAAGAUGUUCUUGUUAAGGCAAUAAGAGUCAUUGCUAAUUUAUCUAUCAAUGGUGAUGUUGGAAGUGCUAUUGCUACUGAUGAGAUUUGUAUCAGUAUGUUACUUUCUUUUUUAGAUACAAAAUCAUUAGUGACAAGUGAAGAGCUUGUACUCAACACUGUAGCAACAUUGAACAACUUGUCAUUCUACCAGGCAGAAAAUAGCGCCGUCUCACAAAGACAUCUACAUAUCACAGAAUCUCUGUUGUCACUAUUACUUCCUGAGAAUAUGGACGCCAUGGUUGAAGCUUCAAGAGUGUUUGGCAAUUUAACCAGAGAUAAAAGCGUUAGGAAAUUACUUGCUGAUCAGAAAGUUGAUGAGAUCAUGAUAGCAUUAUUGGAUGCUGGUGAACGAGAGACAGUGUUUACUGCGUGUGGAGUACUUAUUAACCUGAUGACUGAUGCUGAUAUCAGACCCAAACUGAAGUUAGAAGGAGGCGUUAAAAAGUUAAUUGACGUUCUCCAUGAUUUUGGUAAGAAUGAUUGGCAGCUGUCAGCCAUGGUUUGUCAGACUCUAUGGAACUACAGUGGCGACAUCACAACAUCGAGUGAAACGUUUGGAGAAGAAGAAGCAAUAGAAUUAAUAGAUGUACUCACAACCUACUUAGACGAGGAAGCAAUGUUUGAAACAUCAAGCAUGGAGAACAUGGAUUCUUAUUUGAUUGAAACGCUAAGAGACAUGUGGGAAGACGUCUUUUUACCUGUGGGUGAAAAUUUACUGCGCAGAAUCAAAUCUCAUCAUAGUGAUCUUGUGCCACUUGAAUCACCAAGCUAGCAUCUAUUGUUCGUGGUAAUCGUCCUGUUAGGCUAAGAAUUGAUAGAUGCGCCAUUUUUACAGAUUAAUGAUUAAAGAUCUAGCAGUUUAAUAAGCAUGGUGCGUUGUGCACAUUGUCGAAUAACGAAAGGAUAUUUUUAUUUAUUUGGUUUGAGGUUUGUUCCUCYAGUGUGUAGCUAUAAAUAGGAAAAAAAGGACAUUUAUUAUUUUAUGGUAAAAAUCACAUGUUCCGAGUAAGUCUCUGUGUUUCUAUCCAUCUUCGUCAUGGUGGAGGCGAAUAUGUUUGUUUGUAAAUGAAUACACUGUCUCUUAAUAUGAACAUUUCUCCUAGAAACACUAUAAAAUUGAGAAAUUUCUUUUUCUUAAAAAAUAUAGACUAACUAAAAAAUGUAAAAUAAGUACGCAAAGAAAAAGUGUUUGUUACAAGAUAUGAGGAUGAAGGUCGACUCUACUAGUUUUUCCUUAAUAUUGAAAAUAGUUGCACAAAAUGAGACAAAGUGUGCAUUUCCUUAACUUAAGUUGGCCUUGGAAAACAACCGARAACCGAGUUGAACAAAAUGCUGUAAAUCGAUAGAAUACAUUCCACUUGGUACAAAAUAACAAUCGUAGCUCAAUGAUCAACACAGAUUUCUUUUUUUUUUCUUGCAAAAUCGCCGUCAAAAGAUUCAACUAAUUGGAUCAUCAAUUAACCAACAAGGCCUUCAAACAUAAAUGCAAUGCUGUGGUACAUUGUGAUCUAGAUAGCACAAUGCAAAGCUAAAUGCAUGUUAUAAAAAUAUUAUGUAAAUAGAAGAGUUAAACAAAGUGUGAAUAAACUAUUGUGCAAAAAUAA